CUGACCCAGGCUUAUUUCGCGUUACACCUCACCUUCGCCAUCUACUUACGUACUUUUGGUUGCCGGAGCCACACGAGCACCAGGAGAUCACCGACAACACCAGAGCUCGCCGUUACGAUGGCAAGCACCAACAUGGCGUCAGCCACCUCGAGAUUCAUGCUGGCCGCUGGGGCCGUGCCCAGCGGCGGCGUCGGCAGCAGCAACCGCGUCAGCUUCGUGCCGUCGUCCAACAGGCUCGGCAGGAAGCUCGUGGCCCGCGCCGAGGAGGAGCCGGCCGCGCCCGCACCCACACCGGCGGCGGCGCCCGAGACGGCGGAAGGCGCCGUGGCCACCAAGGAGCCCGCCAAGGCCAAGCCGCCGCCGAUUGGACCCAAGAGGGGAGCCAAGGUGAAGAUCCUGAGGAGGGAGUCCUACUGGUACAACGGGACUGGAUCCGUUGUCACAGUCGAUCAGGAUCCCAACACCCGUUACCCGGUGGUGGUGCGGUUCGCCAAGGUAAACUACGCCGGCGUGUCGACCAACAACUACGCCCUGGACGAGAUCAAGGAAGUUUAACAUCAGAGACGACUACUGCAACCUGCAGCCUGUGCUGUUUGGCAGCUCGAUCCAUGUGAAAUGUUAGCCCACAAGUCUUGUCUGUAAUAGUGUAACUUCUACGAUUAUAUGUAUUUGCUCGCUUCCUUAUGGACGUAAUAAUCUCAUGUCAUGUUGCUUACAAGACUUGUAUUCUUUUUUUUCCUUCACUUUUGUUUGUACAUGCACGUAAGUGACUUAGUUGGUGCUCAAAAGGAUCUUUUGUUCAUGAUA